UUUGAAGCAGGUAAGUUUAAAAUAUUGUCGAAUAUGAAAUACCUGCAAGUGAUCAUUUUACUUUCAUUGACCCUAGCUGUAAUUGGGUUCAAAACCAAUGGAAACUUGAAACAUCUAAAGCUAAGCUUGACCGAAGGCGAUAUGAAAGCGGUGAAAGAAAAAAUGAUGGAGCAACCAUUAGAUCAUUUUGAUCCACAUGAAAAUAGAACAUUUAAAAUGAGAUACUUCGAGAAUUUUCAGUUUUGGAAACCAAAUGGACCCGCGUACGUGUACAUUGGCGGAGAAGGAGAAGUAGAUGGAAAAUUCAUAGGGAGCUAUACAAAUUUGUUAAUAACUCAACUAGCCAAGGAGACGAAUGGUGCAAUGUUCGCUACGGAACAUAGGUAUUACGGGGAGAGUUUGCCAGACAUUCCUAAAGACGAUAAAAUCAAAUAUUUCAAAUAUCUAAGUUCUAAGCAAGCACUAGCAGACAUAGCAUUUUUAAUAAUGAAGUUGAAAUCUGAUUCAAAGUUUUCAAGCUCGCCAGUGGUGGUGGUCGGCGGGUCGUACGCGGGCAACCUGGCGGCGUGGAUGCGGGAGCUGUACCCGCACAUGGUGGACGCGGCCAUCGCCAGCAGCGCUCCCGUCCUUGCCAAGAAAGAUUUUCAUGACUAUUUAGACGUUGUUCGACAGACUUUUGCUAAAUACGGAACCAAAAACUGUCUGCAAAAUAUCGAGAAGAAAUUUAAACAUGUUGAAGAAUUAUUGAAAAGCAGUGAUGGAAUUGAAAAGAUAAAAGAAGAGUUCAAUAUUUGCCCAUAUGAAGAUUUGACCAAAUUAGAAAAACAGCGAUGUCUUUUUGAUUUAUUAUAUGGUAGCGUGAAAUCUGCAGCGCAGUAUGGCCAGGUGUACAAUGUUAAACAAGUUUGUGAUAAUUAUGAACCUACUAAAAAGCUGACAUUUGACAACUCUUCAAAUCUCAAUGUACAAGAUAAUGGUAAACCAACGUGUAUGACUCUUGAAUCUUGUUUGAAAUUGGACAACCAUAAUGAUAUGGCGUGGACGUAUCAAUAUUGCAAUGAGUUUGGUUACUUACAAACAACGUCAUCGGAAAAGCAGCCUUUCGUUCACUGGAGUCCUUUAGAGUAUUGGUUCAAACAUUGCAAAGGUUUAGUGGAAGGAGACAUCGAGAAGAGAAUUGACGAGGGUGUUACGAAGACGAAUAAAAUGUACGGUGGGUUGAGUCCGAAGGUGAGCAAGGUGGUAUUCACGCACGGGGACAUGGACCCGUGGCACAGCAUCGGGGUGCAGACAGCCCUGGGGCCCGAGGCGCCCGUCGUCAUGAGCAACGCUAGUUCUCAUUGCGGCAUACUUGUUGAAAUAUAUAAGGAACCAGCUGAUAUGAAAGAAAAAAGGAAAUACGUAAAAGAAUUCAUUAAGAAGUGGAUUUCUAAUUAAGUUGAUAUUAUUUUUCUUAAAUACAUUUAAAAAGGAAUAAUGUAGGUAUCAACGCAUUGCCUUAUUUACAAACAACAUUGUGUAACAUAUGAUUCAAUAAAUAUAAUUACAUUUCUGAUGUUCUAUCCACCAA